AUGGCUCCAGCAUUGGUCGAGACUCCCAUCGCGGACAGGUCUGUAGACAAGACUGCCGAGGAGAUUAGGAAGAAGGAUGCCAACCAGGGAACUGGAUACAAGGAGGCCUUCCAGCAGGGUGCCAAGACAACCAACUACGAGGUCGAACUGAAGGGAAGCGAGAAACACAAACCUGCAAAGUACCCCAACUACCUACCAUACUGGGACGAUUUCAAGCACCCACCGCUCGAGCCAUUCGAGGCCAUUGAGCAUGGCAAAGACGCCGACCCUACCUUCCCCAACCUCCUCGCCAACGCUACCGUCAAGGACGUGACCGGCAACAUCGGUGCUGAAGUGAGGGGUGUUCAACUCAGCAAGUUGACGAACGCUGGCAAGGACGAGCUCGCACGUUUCGUGGCCGAGAAGAAGGUUGUCGCGUUCCGUGACCAGGACUUCGCCGAUCUUCCAAUUCAAGAGGCGCUCAAUGUGGCUGAAUACUUUGGUCCUUCGCACGUUCACCCGGCGUCGGGAGCUCCCAAGGGUUUCCCCAAGGUUCAUCUCGUCCACCGCAGCGCCAGCGACACCACCGCGCAUGACUACUUCCAGGAGCGUACCAACUCGAUCACAUGGCACUCGGAUGUAACCUACGAGAUGCAGCCUCCAGGCACGACUUUCUUGUACCUCCUCGACGGCCCUGUCGCAGGUGGUGACACUCUCUUCGCCAACAUGGCCGAGGCAUACCGCCGCCUGUCUCCAGAAUUCCAGAAGCGUCUGCAUGGCCUCAAAGCCGUCCACAGCGGCCACGAACAAGCCGCCGCGGCCCUCGCCCGUGGCUCCAUCGUCCGAAGGGAGCCCGUCAGCAACGUCCACCCCAUUGUACGCACCCACCCCGUCACCGGCGAGAAGGCUCUGUUCGUCAACCCACAGUUCACCCGCCGCAUCGUGGGAUUCAAGAAGGAGGAAUCCGACUUUCUUCUCGACUUUUUGUACAAGCACAUUGCGCUCGGCGCUGAUUUCCAGGCACGCAUGAAAUGGGAGGAGGGGAGUGUGGUGGUGUGGGACAACAGAGUCACUGCCCACUCAGCGAUUUUGGACUGGCAGGAUGGCCACCGUCGUCAUCUGGCGAGAUUGACACCGCAGGCUGAGAGGCCUUAUGAGACGCCAUUUGAAGGGUAG